AAUACGAAUUUUACAAUCAAAACAAACAUAAUUAUGAUAAAUAAAUAAAUUACUCCAAGAUUGUGAUAAGAAUUCUAGCUUAUUUGGUUCAAAAAUAGCAAAAAGCUUGGAAAUGAGUAAUUAAGAAAGAAACUAAUCGUAAGCACAAGACAUAAUGUAGUUUAGUGUAUUUGAAACCCACCUAAAUAUUUUGUGUACAAAAAUGUUAAAUCUCAGUCUUAAUAAAUGGAAAAAGUUAUUACUUUUAAUUAUACUAAUAGCCUUAAUUGUGAUUAUACUGGGACAAUUGUGGCAAGAUCAUGAUGAAAAGAAAUCGCAUGUUAAGGGAGGAGCAGAUGGUGUUCCCUUAAUAAUAUGGUGGACACCUUUGAUGAGCGGCUAUACGGAAACUCGAAUGUGUGAUAAAUAUAUUUGUAAAUUUACAGCGCUUAGAGAUGAAGUGGACAAAGCUAAGGCUUUUCUUUACUAUGGGUCCGAUAUAAAGAUUGAUGAUUUUCCCUUACCACGCAAGUCUCAUCAAUUAUGGGGUUUAAUGCACGAAGAAUCUCCCCGUAAUGUGGCAUUUAUGCCCUACAAUGAUUGGCUGCAACACUUUAAUCUUACCUCCACCUUUAGUCGUCACAGUGAUUUACCUAUGACCACCUAUUAUUUGCCACAUUCCGAUAAUUUAACAACACCCGCCUUUACUGUUCCUAUUGGAGAGAAAUCUAGACAUAAAAAUCAAGCGCUUGUUUUAUUUAUGCAAUCUGAUUGUGACACUAUGUCCGGGAGAGAUGAUUAUGUUAAGGAAUUGAUGAACUACAUCAGUGUGGAUUCGUUUGGAGCCUGUUUAAAUAAUAAGGAAUUACCAGAAAGUUUACAAAAGAUACAACAAGAUUAUCUUAAUCAUUUGUAUGCUCCGGAACUUUUAAAAUUCAUGGCUCGUUAUAAAUUUAUCAUUGCGUAUGAGAAUGGUGUUUGUCAGGAUUAUAUUACUGAGAAGUUUUGGCGUCCUCUCAUUGCCGGUUCCAUACCCAUUUACUUUGGUUCUCCCAGCAUUAAGGACUGGUCACCAAAUGAGAAAUCUUUUAUAGACAUUUCAAACUUUAGCAGUCCCGAAGCAUUAGCCACCUAUUUAAAGGAAUUGGACGCAAAUGAUAGAGCUUAUAAUUCCUAUUUAAAUCAUAAAUAUAAUAUGCUCCAACCGAUAACCAAUAAACGACUCUUAAAUGAACUUGGGCGUCGUAAAUCUGCCAUGUACACAGACAAUCAAUUUCAAAGUUUCGAAUGUGCCGUUUGUUCUUAUCUGCAUGAACAUGAUGACACUACACAAAAACACUUUGCCAAUGAACAGCACUAUCAGUGUCCCCACGAACCUGUAUAUCCACCCAUGUCGAAUAAGGCCUCAAAUUAUGAUGAUUGGCAUUCGGUGAUGUCGAUUGGUAAAUGUAAAGCUGCUCUGUUGGAUAGGCUAUUUAAACGUAACAAAAAUUAUACCAAAGACGAAUUUAUGGAUUUAUUGACUAAGGAAGUAACAUUGGGCAAAUGUUAAAUAUAUGUAUUCAAUAAAUGUG